AUGGGGAAGAUUCCGCUGAGUUUGAGUGACAAUUUCCAACUCGCUGUGUCUUCGCUGCCGGAGACACAGAGACAACUCAUCGAGGUUCUCGCCACGUGUCCCGAUGAAGAGCUGAUUCACCAUCUCCAGCCCUUUCGGGGUUGGAUGUGGGAGAAACAGGGCGAUGUGACUGCUUGGGCGCCCGCGUUGAACCGCUUCGACGAUCUCAUGUUCGCUUACGCACGCCGCAAAGGCCUGCUGCCGCAUGCGGACGACAGCGAAGCCACGUGUCGCGCGGCGGAGGCGGAAUCGGCGUUCGUGCCCUCAGACGAGCUCAUUCUCGCAGUUCUGGAGACCUCAUGCAUCGUCCUGGAGAACUGCUCCUCCAAAUGUCUCUACAGCUCCGUCGACGUCGUCACAUGCCUCGUGGACGCCUUCUACUUGCCCAUCGUGUGCAGCGCAGUCCAAGUCAUGGCUGUCUGCUACGGCUUCGUGAAGCGCAACCGGCGCACCGGCCUGCCGCGCGAAUGCCCGGAACUGACGGCGCGUCUCCCGCUGCUCUGUGAGUCCCCUGUGGCGUACGAGGCCUUCGUGCUCACGCGCCAGCCGGACCGCUCCCGCAUUCAGCUGCCGCCAGGUGUCCUCUACGACGGCGGGGGCGACUCGCCGGCGGAGACGCCUGGCGGGCAUGGGCGCGCGUCUGCGUCCCCGCAGACCGCGGAGCGAGGCCGAGGGCGAAGGCGCGAGAGCGGCUUGCGGCGCGGCGCCCUGCGGAACCUGAGAGCGGAAGCAGGCGGAGCCGGGGAGCCGGACGAGGCGUUCGCGCGCCGCGUGGAUCCUCUGACCUUUUACCUCGCCGAGAGUUUCCCCCUCGACUUUGACGGCUUCGCCGAGUUCCAGAUCAUCGUCACUUCGCCCGAGCUGGCCUCCCGAACGGGCACGCCGGCCGGCUCGCCCGUCGUCGCCCCGUCCGAUCGGGAGGUGUCUCCUCCCCCUUCUUCCCUGGCGGGGGCGACGCGGAAAGAGAGGCAGGGCGACAGCGCUGCUGAAAAUCAGGCCCCGCGCCCGGACGAGACGCCAGUUCCUUCUAGGAGAGACGAAGACUACUCUGCGCCGCGAGUUAAAACGGUGCGGAUUCCCUGUGCAGAGCUGAUGCUCCCGCAGGGGGGUGCGACCCAAGACGCGAGGGGCGAAGACGCCCGAGGGCGGCCGAGCAAGGGCCAGACGGACGCGCUGGAGGGGCUGUUUCACAGCGUGGUGAAGAAGUACGGCAUUCCGCCUGAGCAUUUCACGACUCUGCGCCACAGAAUUCGCCUCCUGCAUGGCCUGCAGAGUGAGUCGUACCGGCGCGACUUGCUGAACACGCAGCUCUCGUCUCUCUCGUGUCUCCUGGUGGUGAAUCCGACGCUCUUCUCGUCCUACGUCGCGUCGCAUCCCUUCUUCUUCAUCGACUUCAUUCGCCUUUUGAAACACCACCAAAAGCUCACCCCGCGCACGAUGCUGCUCUGCGCGGACCUACUCUCCGUGCUCCUCGAAGAGCGGAACUUCUACAAGCAGCUGGCGCCGACUCUCGGCCUCUUCUCGCCUCACGGCCUUUUCCUCUCGAUUCUGCGCCGCCUCCUGAGACACCCCUGGUCGGGGCAGCCGCUGCGCGUCAAGCGCGAGUUCCUGCCGCUGCGCGAGUCCGAAACGCUGGGCGGCGCGGCGGGGUGCGGAGACCCCGCGGAGAUCGCGGGACAGGCCGCCAACGGCGCGGGCAGAAACGCGGCAGGUCUUCCGCAGGACGUGACGAUGGACGACGCGGGCGAUGCCGAGGCAGUGGGGCGAAGGGCGCACGGCCGCCGGGAAGAGACGGCGAGCGGAGAAGUUCCCGAGAGCCAGCAAGCCUCGGCAGGAGCGAAGGCCGGAGACACCGAAAUGGAAGACGCUUCGGGGAAGCAAGAGAACGCGGGCGGCGCGGGCGGCGGCGCAGAGGGAGGGGAGAAGGCGGCCUAUGAGGAGCCUCAGGCCGGGCGGAUCGUGUACACGCUGGUGGCGGAGCCGGAGGCGGAGCGUAAGCUGCGGGACUGGCGAAGUCGCCUGCAGGAGCCAGAAGGCGUGCAGAAGCUUCAAGACGACAUGGAUCGCAUGCAGACGUUGCUGCAUCUUCUGGCUGCGUACGCGUCGAUCAUUGCAAUGAACAACCACACCAUUCCAGCGUUUGUGCAGCCGAGCCUGUUGGCUGCGCUCGUCGGGUUCCUCCGCAACCGGGAGCCUCUCGUCAUUCCUGUCCAGCUCUUUGCGGUGCGGGCGAUCGAGGCGCUGAUGGAGCAGCAGCAGCACAGCAGCAACAACUCGGUCAUUUUGCUUCUGCAGCAAGACCUCGAACUCGCGCGGCGCUUCGAGGAGCGGAUUUUGUACGACGCAGCCUGCCUCGUGCAGCGCGUCCAGCUGGGCGUCUGGGCAGGCAGUUCCCAAGGGAGCGCUCAGCCUGCGGAAGCGAGACCGGACGAGGCCGCGAAAGGCGGCCAAGGUCGAGGCCGCGCGCGGAGCGGAGCCGCGGCGGGAGACGAGCAGGCGAGUGAGGCGGGAGAAGGCCGCGGGCCGGGAGAGAGAGCGGACGGCGAGAACGACAUGCCGGCCAGCGACGCGUGCGAAGCGGAGCUGGAAAAUCCCGCGGACAAAGACAUUCUGGAAGCCUCCAGAUACCCCGCAGAUGGGUCAGACGAGGACCGCGCGUGCUACUGGCUGUCGGUGUGCGAGGUCGAGACCAGGCGGUGUCUUUUGAAGGCUCUCUUGAAGGACUUUUACGUCAUGACGAUGCGACAGGGUCUGCACACGGCGGCGCUUGGAAACGGGAGACAGCCGCCCGCGUUCCUGGACCUCUUCACGGAGACUUCUCAGCUCACGGCCCUGUGCAAAGACAUCAUUCUGCUGCCGCAGUGGUUCGGCCUCGGCUGCGUCUCCUCGCUGUUGACGUCGCUCUCGGAGGUGAUCUCCGACGACCCCCUGUGUCUGUCGUCUCUCUCGUCGCUUGGUCUCGUUCCUCUGCUGCUCUCUUCCCUGACGGAAGCUCACCUGCGAAACGAUCAAGUUCUCGGCUCCAUCGGUCCCUUCCUGUCGUCCCUCGUUCUCCACCCGACCGGAGUGCAACUGCUGCAGCGCGCGCGGCCCGGGGGCCUCCAUCUUGGCUCAGACGCCGUUUCCCGCCCCGCCUCUCGCCCUGCGCUCGCCGAUGCCUCGGCCGCGCCGACGCUCUCCAUGGCGAGCGGGCUGGUCCUCGCGGGCCAGGCCUUGGAGGUCGAGCGCGCAGCUAAGGCGCUCGAGAGACAAGUGGCGAAUGCGGGGUCCGGGGCAUCCGCGAACGCCGACUCCACCGACCCUCAGAGAUGGAGUGUAUCGACACUGCUCAUGCGGGCGACCGCAGCGCCGCAAGCGGUGCUCCUCGACCGCUUCGGAGAAUCCGCUGCAGGGCUCGGAAGCUCCCUGGAUGAAGUUUUGCGCAGCGUCGCGGCUGCAGCGUCGUCGUCCUCGGCAGCAUCCGACACGUGCACGUCUUUCGUCGAGCACCUUCUCGUGCUUCUUCGACACCUCAAGAGUCAGGAGCGGCGCCUCCCGCUGUGGCGACCUGUCCCCCCUGAGGAGGCCGAGCGACGGAUCGAAGCCUCCAAAUACUUGCGCCCGCUCCUCUUGGCAGACCUCGAGUUGCCUCCUGCGCCUCCCUCGCUGUGGCUGGCGGACCGUCUGGCGAAUGUGGGGAAGUUGCUCGGGACGUUUCUUCAGAACUCGGAGACGCUCCGGUGUUUCAUCGCCAAGGGCGGCGUGUCUCUGCUUCUCUCUCUGUGUUCGUCUCCGUCUCUUCCGCCGGCCUUUCUUCACCUCUACCCCCAGCAUCCACUCGUCGUCACGCUCCGCUACGUCGCCUCUGCGUCCUUCUCGCUUCCUCACCUCCUCCUGCAACUUCUUCUCCUCGCCAGGGCGUCCAAAAACACCGAGCAGCUCGGCAACCUCGCGGAGACUUGGACGCUGGACCGGUGGCCCGAGACGGGGGGUGUGCCGCCGGCGCUGAUGCACGGCCAGCGCGGACGCCGGGCGUCUCUCUCGUCGUCGGGACUCUCCGAGACGGCGAGGGGCGAGAAAAUGGUUUCCCUCGCAGACAAGAAGGCUCUCAUUGCCUCAGUGGAUGCGUGCUCGAGUGCGCUGCAGGUGGCGGCGAUGCUCGGGCGCGAGCUAGGCCAGGCCUACAGCGUGGGCCUGACCACGCGGUUUGCGUCGCACCACCAGCUGUUUCUUCUUCAGCACCUCGGUCACCUUCUUCUUCAGCUGCAGCGCGUCACCCCGUUUGCGCUGCGGCUUCUCUACGCAGCGGCGCCGCCGCUCUCCGACGCCGAGGGAACUCCGUCGCUCCUCAGCAGCCGCCACAACGCCCACGAACACCCUGCGAUUCGCGCAAGCAAGUACAUCGCUCAGAACGCGAGCAAGUCGUCGUACGCAACUGCGAACGACUCGCUUCUCCUCUCCAGCAACGACAUGCUGUGGAGCAGCUUAGUCGAAUACGCCUACAGUGUCCCUGCCGAGAGCGGCACAGGCGAAAACGCGCACGCGAAGGUGGAGACGGCCGACACCGACAGGCGACCGCCUGCUGGGGGCGCGAGGGGCGAGGCCCGAGAAGGCCUAAAGCAAGGAGACCUGUCUGUGGACAUGGAAGAGGAAAGGAAAGAGAGGGAGAAGCCGGGACGGCAAGGCGAAGACGCCGGACGGACAGACGGACGAAGAGACGAAGGCACACCCAGGGAUGACGCCCAUGCACGAAUCUCGACGGAAGCUGCAGAAUCCCCUAUUGUUCUGACCGAGACCCUCCGGGGCAUGCUCCAAACUGUCCGGGCCAUCGUCGUCAACGCAAGUCGCAUGCUGAACACGAAUGCAAUUCGCAGCAAAGGCGGGACCCCACAGCAGCAGCAGAUCCACCUGCAGGUUGCACAGCUUCACUGUCUUUCUAUCGGGUUGCAGUGUCGGGAUCUCCUGCGGCCUGUCCCUUUGGUGCCGUUGCCCACACGUCUCCUGUGUCCCUGCGAGGAGACAGGAGGGGCGCGUGAGGACGCCGCGGACGCUCCGACGGAGAGCGAGGUAGGAGCUGGCUCUAGCGGUGAGGCCGUGCAGGACGGCGAGGCGAAACAGGAAGAGCGAGCGACGGGGGUCGGCAAGAGCCACCGGGGAGUGCAGCCGCGAGAAGAAAAGGACGGCGAAGAACCGAUGGGCGAGGCGGCGCGACCUGCGAAAGAAUCCGCGAAAGCGCGAGCAGGGACGACCGUCGUGAUUGAGGGUCUCGGCGUCAUUAGCACCCUCGCUUACAUCUGCGACGUCCUGGACUGGCUCUACAAGCUGCAUGUCGACGAAAAGAACCGCGGCCUUCUCCUGACCAUGACUUUUGACGCCUUCCACAAGGUUGGAGGCGUCACGCAGCUGAUGCGCGUGGUGGACUACGCCUUCGCCGUCAACCUGACAGUUCACUGUUUCUUUGCGCGGCGCGCCUUCACGGCGGGUGUCGCGGUGGAGGGCGAUGAGGGGAGACAGUCCCCAUUGCUGUCGUUGGAGGCGCUGCUGCCGCUCUUUCUCUUCCAGGACGAGACCAAGAGGCGGAGAUCUUUCACGGGCGACGACGAGAGCGAGAUCCCGUUGUCCUGUUUCUCGGCGUCCAGCAGAUCCGAGGGUGCCGAGGACACAGGCGCGAAGAACGGCCGGAAGCGAGAAGGAAGCGUCGAGAGGAGAGAGGCGAAGAAGGCCGCGCCCUGCGAGGAAGACGCGGCGGCCGAGAGGCGGCGCACAGCGUUUCUGAGCUGGAUGCGCGAACUGAUGAAGAAGUUCGACGAACUGCCUGAAAGCCAAAUGAAGAUCGUCCGUGACCUCGCGAGCAAAUGCCUCCAGUGUGCACUCGCGUACUGCGACAAAAUCACGUCUUGGAAACGGUGCUUGAAUUCCCCAGUAUCGCAGUUUCUUCAGGGAAAUUUGGAGCGGCCUUCGUACUUCCAGCGCAUGCAAGAGCCUCAGGGAGUCCGCAGUUCGGCAGAUCCGAGCUCGUCGCCCUCUUCACCCUCUGCGUCAAGGGGCGAGGCUGCUGCUGCUCUCGGCGGCGCUGGGGAAGCGAGCAGUGUAGAGGAAGGAAAUUCUGGUCAAACGGUGUCGAGCGCGGUGGGAGGGAACGAGGGUGCCUGGGCGCCGGAGGGGACCUCGACAUCGGCUGGCGAGAAAAAGGAAGCGCAACCGUCCCUUGGUUUCUCGUACACUCCCGAAGGCAUUCACCAGGCCUAUCUGCGCCUCCAGGCCAACGGCGCGCAAACCUCUCAGGCAGCUGCGGCUGUGCCGCGUCUCCUUCCUCACGAGGACUUCGGAACCUGCGACGUCGUCGGGCUCCUGCGCUCCGUUCAGUGCGAUGCGACUGCCCAUGUGCUGGUUUGGUGGUCCUUGGCUGCCAAGUGUGGGGCGUCUCCGCGUCUUCCGGACGACCCCGCCGUGCUCGCGCUCGCCUCCCCGGCGUCGCUGGCCGGAGGCGGCAAAGGGACGGGUCCGGCGGGCUCUCUUGCGGCGCGGCGUCUGCAUGCGCAGCAGCAGGUCGCCGAGGCCCUCGUCGCGACGACUGUGGGGCGACACAAAGGAGACAGAGGGAGCGGAGACAGAGGGGACGGAGACAAAGAGCGAGACGCGCGGGACAGGACUCGGAAGGCGGGCGAUCACGACGACGUGGAGAAACACGUCUCCGAGAAAGACUGGCUCUUGGGGCCUCUCCUCGCUCCCUUCUUGCAACGCGUCACAGGCUUUGCCCACAAGAUCACCUACCACCUUUUCGAUACAAUGACUCCGCAGCGGCGCGCGUGGAUCUACAGCGUCUUCAUGGACUUGCCGCCGCCCUCUCGGACGGGGACGGGUCCCUACGGCUCCGGCGCGGCGGGGGCGACUGCGUCUGGAGGGCGAGCGAGCGCGGGCGGCGCGGGGCGCGGCUCUUUGCAUGCGCGGCGCGCAGCGGUCCUCCGGGCGGCCAUGGUGGAGCAGCUAACGGAGAUGGGUUUCGACGAGGGCCUAGCUCAGCGCGCGGUCGACGCAACGAACGGCCGAAGCAUCGAGCUCGCCAUGGAAUGGCUCUUUGAGCGGCAGCGCGAAGAAGAAGCUGCGGCCUCUACGGGACCGUCAUCGACGGUUGUGGCGAAUGCGAGUCCACCUGGAGCGGGUGGAGAGAGCGCGAGCGCUGGCAGCCCAAAUCGGGACGGCCCGCACUCUGUGGGGUCUGGACCUGGAGACGAAAGGCCGCCCGCAGGCAGUGGCGCCGAACGUUCCGGGCCCUCUUUGGGAGCGGAGAGCGGCUCCACAUCAGGGACGGCGCCCGCCUCGGGAACGGAGACAGAGACGCGGAGUGAGAGCUACUCGCAGGCCAGCAGCACGCCGGGCUCCGCAGGUGCGGGCGAGGCAGCCUCUGCGGCGUCUCCGACCGCGACAGAGACAGCCGAAGACACCUCGCGGCCAGACGGCCCCCCGACGCCGGGAGGCUCGCAGGCAUCGAGCCCGUCUCGCCAGGGCCCGAGGGCUGGCGCGCGCCUGUCGACGGGGUCGCAGCCACCGUCUCCGUCUUCGGCGCACGCCCAGACUGCGUCGCCUCUCGCCUCGUCGCGGGCCGCGGCGGUCGCGGCGGCGUCGGCCUUGAUGGGCGAGGUGGGUCCCUCUUUCGACUACUUUGGUGCCUUUUUGCUCCCCAGCUUAAGCGCAGACGAGAGUGUCUCCAGCGCGUCGGAGCUCGCAAACGUCACGCGCGCUCUUGUGGCCGCAAUCACGGGCGGCGCAGGGGCGACGCCGGGGGCGAGUCCGAGCUUCGGACGCAGCCUCUCUUCCUCGGCCUUCUACGGGUUCGGGGGUUCGCGGGGCGGGCGCAGCUCAACGGGUGCAAGCGACAGAGGCACGGGCCAGGCGACAGAGGCUCUGUUUUUCGUGGCAGCUUCGGCGUCUCUGGCUGGCCGCCUCGAGCUGGACGAGGCCUGGACCGGCGGAAGUCGCGGGGAGAGACUGGGCGCGGAGGCGACAAGCGAGGAGGCAGGCGAGGCGAUGUCGGAGACAGCGAGAAGGCCAGAGGCGGCAGCCUCCGAAAAAGAGACACAGAAAAGCGGCGAGGCUGCAAGAGAGGUCCGUUGCCGCACCGCGGUGUGGGAUGGAUCGAUCUCGACGCAUAUCAGCGACCGGGAGGCUCUGGAAUUCGCGGAGAAGCUGAGGAGACAGAUCGUUCCGCAGCUCCUCAACCUCGUCUGCGUGCUGCCGCAGAGCGUGUCUUCGCUCUGUGAGGCCCUCAUGAAACUCCUCGGCGCCCCGCUGGAUCUGUCCGUGGACUCGAAGCGCGGACACGCAGAGACACCCGAAGCGGGAGACAAGAGAGAGGAAGGCGACCGAGAGACCAAGCGUCGGGAGGCUGACGACAAGCCGGCGCCAGGAGCCGGAGGCCCGGAGGGCGACGCCUCACAGCAAGGCACCACGCCGGCGAGCCAAGAAGGAAAAGAACCUCGGCAUGAAACGGGACAUGGCGCCUCGGAUUCGAAGCAAGGACCUUUCGAGAAAUCCGCGACGGGCGCAGAGACUUUGGAAGCCGGAACGUCUCUCUCGCCAGCUGUCCUGCUCCAGCAGAUGGGCGAGCGCAAUCUGUUUGUGGCCAUGCGGCUGUUGACCUCACGUCUUCUCCACCUCCGGCAGCUCUGCCUGUGUGUCCCCGAUCUCGCGUUCCGUCUUCCUGCGCUGCCUUCGUUCUUCUGCGCGAACGCCGCACCGUCGCUCCGGGCUGGGGACGCCGACUUCCAGGACGCUGUCUCCGACUCUGGCGGCGUCUCCAAACUGUGGGGUUUCCGGGCGGCCCUUCUUGCCCUCCGGCUUCAGCAGCAACUGUACGGCACGUGCUUCCUUCUCGCUCACCUACUGCAUCGCAAGCGCCACGCGAAGGGAAUGUUGUUGGCCGUCUUCCACGCGACGGCUGCGCUGAUGCGCCGCAGAAGCGCCGGCGACAGGGACGAGCUUCCGGGGAAGAAGGCGGCGCUCAAGGGCGCGCAGACGGCUGCGGCCAAACCGGCUGCGGGCGUUGCGUCGUCGCUCGCAAAGAAGGGGGAGCGCGGGAGUGCGCCCGACUCGAGAAACUUGCAUGCCUCCUUGCAUGCGGCGCUGCAGGGGUCGGGCCUCGGUGCGAGAGGCGCACCUGCGGAGAAAGGAAGGACAGGAGGUGGGGGAGGUCGAGAACGCGAAGGGUGGAUCAGCGCAGCAGCCACGCUCGGCUGCAACCAUCCGGUCGGCAUCUUCUGGAAACUGAUCGCCUCCAGCCUCUCUGAAGAGGCCCUUGUUGCUUCUGCGCACCCCUUCUAUUUGUCGGAGACCAAGGGCGUUUUCCUUUUCCCGCAGCUGUUCAGGGAUGCGUCAGCUGCGAGUGGCGGCGCCGCGCUUGCAGGAGACGGCCGCUCGGGUUCUUCUCUCGCGAGAGAACCUGGAGUCAAAACCGAGGGCGAACCGCGAACGUCUGCUGGAUGCGCGGCAGGAGCAGCCGCGCCUGUUCUCCCGAUUGCUUCCUGGUGCUUACUCGAUCUCCCUGCCACACCGGCAGCGUCUCCCUCCUCUUCCGCGCCACUAAUGACCGAUGCCAAAGUGGCGUCGAUUGUCCCGUUCCCGUCUGGCCCUCAAAUCCCGCUGUGCUGUCGCUCCGCGCCUGCCUGUUCUUGCGCAGCUGCCGCUCCAACGUGUUUGGCUGCGGCGGUGCCGGCGACCGCGCGCCCACCCCCCUUCAUUCUCCCAGCCCUGCUGUGCGUUCAGGAGCUGUUGCCUCUCUACCUGCUUCACGAGCGUCCAGCGACUCCUCCCGUGACUUCCUCGCAUGCGCAUGCAGGCGGUGUCGAGACAGGCGGCGCUGGAGAACCGCAUCGGCCGGCGCGCUCUCGCGCGUCUUCUCGCCCCGCCGCACCUGCCGCUUCAGAAGGGAAAGCAAAAACAGGCCGUGGGCACCCUGCCGCGUCUUCAGAUCACCCAGGCCUUCUUCCCAGCGCGCUACGUGCAAGUUCCUUACAGGGCUCCGCCUCAGCGUCGAGCCAGAAUGCAGGCUCCGGCUCUCUCGCCUCCUCUGCUGGAGGAGCUGGGCUGAAAGAGAGAGAGACAGCUCCCGGCGGCCCGGAGGGAGACGGGGCGGGCAGUCUCGCGCCGACGAGUGGGAGUCCGGGGCGCGUGCUGGCGGCGCAGGAGCAAAAGCAAAUCGUCGGAAGCUGCCUGGACCUCCUGCAUUUCUACCCGGGUGUCGACGGAGACACCACUCUCGCCGUCCUGCAGAUCCUCCAGCACCUCACAGUUGUCCCCUCGAACGCUCUUCACCUUCUUCUGUAUACACCAAAGGGCAGUCUCCUCUCUCUUCCAUCGGGAGGCAGAUCGGAAGAAAGAGACGAGCCGGAGGAUGCCGUCAUGGGUGAAGGGGACGGGGCUGGAGACUCCAAAUGUGGGGUUUCGCAUACGCCUUCGAUCUCUUCGGCGGCCGCGUUGGGCCCCUCGCGGUCUUCGGUCUGCUCCAAGUUCCUCUCGUGCAAGCUGGCGUCUCUCCCCUUCUUCUCCAUCUCCGCAGCGCUCGCGCACGCCACGUCGUCGCUCGAAACGCACACCUCUCUGCUGCCGAAUCCCCCAAGGCUUCUGGCUUCUCAGCCGGAGACGCAUGCAAAAGAGGGAGGCAAAGAGAAUCCCAGAGUGCUCGCGAGCGGUGACGCGGUGUGCGGCGAGCGAGCAGCGAGCGGGGCCCUGGGGGGCGGCCUGGGUCUUCUCCUGAGUGUGCCGAGGACGGCGGGAUGCAGCGGAAUGCUCAGUCUCAUCCAGCAGAUCGUGUCGCAUGCUUGCGAAGAACAGUCGGUCUUGGCGGCCUUCAUUGAGAACGAAAUCCGACACCUCUUCAAGCGGGCGCAACUCGCGAGCAGGACUUUGUACAGACGGGUUCAUGGAGCCCCGCCGCCGACGGCGGAGGAGGAGAACCUGCGGCCACUGGUGCCUGCGGAGGCGAUCCUCGAGACGCUCCAUCCGUUCGUGCAGCGGGCGCCGGCGCUCGUGGAGCAGAUUCUUCGCGCGUGCUGUCAGUUCUGUUCCACUGCGUCGGCGCCUCGCGGAGAAGACGGCGAAGGCGGGCGCGGGAAGAAGACUGCUGGCCCGCUGCAGGCUGCCGACCAGAGACAGUCGGAGGGACUCGGAGACCCCGAGGGAGGUGCGUGCUCUCGCAGGUCGGCGAGAAACGACGAGAAGAGGAGUCCGCCGUCGGCCGCCGUGACGCCCGGGCCCGAAGGCGAGCGAGGGCCGCAAGACCCGGCGAAGACUGGGGAAGAGCAGGCUGGUCCCGUCGCUUCGCAGAGUGGAGGUGUAGGCGAGGCGAGCGAGGUGGAUGUCCACAUGGAGGGCGCGGGAGAGGUGUUUGGGGAGAGGGAUGGAGGUUCGGGGAAGAACAAUCGUGAGCAAGGGCCGACCGCGGAAGAGACGGAACAGACAGCAGGGAAGGACUCUGAGAAAUCCACCCUCCUGCCGCAGCCACCCGAGGCGAUUCCGUGCGGGAUCUACGUCGGGCACAAGAAGGGACACGUGUUCCGCCGAGGUCUCCAGGGAGUUGGCUACUACCCAGAAGGUGAGACUGAGCAGAGUGCAGGGGAGGGGAAGGGAGAAGAGCCCGUCGUGCUUCUUCGGUGGUUGGAAGACCACGAACGCCCACAGACGCAUCCGCACCAGAAGAGAGUGAAGCGGCUGCUUUUCCAGGCUCGGAAGAGCCCGAGUGUCGCCGCCAUUCUCAUGGGUGUGCUGACCGACUACUCAGUGAUGUUCUUGAACGUCGAGGCGAUGACGCGCCUGGCGUCGGCGCCGCUUCAGCAAAGCAAGGAGAAGGGCGAGGCCAAAGGUUCGGAGCCGUCGGACAAGAGAGCGAACGGAGACGGCGCAGGCGAUUCGAACGGACAGGAUGCGGGAAAGCCCGGCGAGAACGAAAAAGCCGGCGAGAAGCGGAAGGAGGACGCGGACGGCGUGUCAGGGGCGUGGAGGAGUCUCGACGCUGUUCUCCGUCCGAGAGCCUUGAGAGAAGACAACAGCUGGGCGUCGAAUGUCAGGCCCAUGUACCCGUUUGCCUUGACUGCCGACUCGCUCUUCUACAUCAUGAUUCAACUGAUUAGCUCGUACCCGUCGGUCCUUCCUCUCCUGUGCAAGACGAUGCCGCUUGUCUCGCCCGCUUCGUCUGGGGCCUUGCUCGACACGGGCCCUCUCCAGGAAGGCCGUCCAGGGAGAGAGAAGGAGCGCGGCGACGACGGGGCUGGUGCGCCGAGAGGCGAUGACCCCGCCGACCUCGUCUCGCCAGACGGGAAAGGCAAGAUGCCAGUCCCGCUCUCCGUCCCGCGGCCGCCGCUCCACAAAGGGAGAGGCGGGCCCCACCACGCGGGCGCGCCUUCGCUGGAGUCGGCUGCCUCGUUGGCGGGCGUGGACGCCGCGGGACACUCCCGAGACAACCCCCAUUCUGGCGCGGCUGCGGGCGGGGCGAGUCCGGCUUCCGGGACUCCAGGGGCGGAGAUGAUUCGUCUGUAUCUGCCGCAGUCGCCUCCGUGGGCCUUCACGAGCUCCUUGCCGUCGCUGGUUGGCGACUCGGCCUCCGCGCCCAGCGGCUUCGACCUCAGCCGCGCGCUCCUGCACUCGCACCACGGCCCGCUCUCUGCGGGGCCCGAGCGGCGCGGCAGCUGCGUGGCCCGCGGAGAGAAGAAAGAGGAGGGCGCGAAUGCGCCAGGAUCGGGCGGCAGUUCCACCGCGCGUUCAGGAGGCGCAGACGACAAGGAGGCUUUCGCCUCGUUCGCGUCGGAAGCCUGCGAGGCGGCUGUCUCGCCCUGUGGGGGCGGGGCGCCUGCGUCUCAGAGCGGCGCCCAUAGUUCGGUCUCUUCCGCGCCUGUGCGCCCGUUUUUGUUGGACUAUCUGUUGCGGGACGUCUUCUCCCGCCUGCUGACCCUCACGCUGCCGCCCUUUGCUUGCACAGACAAAACGUACGCGGCCGCCCUGGAGCUCCAGCGCGAAAAGAAGCUGCCUGCGUCUUCGCUGGCGCUCGGGAACAGCCCCGCAUUGGUCGCGCUGAACCAUUUCCUCCAACUCCUCGGCGCGAUGGCGUGCUGCAGCCUGGAAAUCCGGAAGAUCCUCUUCCAGCAAGUCAGCGGAGCACUCACGUCGCUGGCGAGAGGCGUCUGCUUCGCCUCGUUCCCGGCGCUGCUCAAGAAGGGCCGGGAACGCCCCGAGAGCGCAGGCGACGCCGUUUUCGACAUCGAACAGGACGUCCUGAGGUCCCAGCAGAGAGAACAGAUCCAGUUGCUUGCGGCCGAAGAGCGGCGCGGCGCGGAAGGCGCCGACUGCUAUGCGCUCGCCGCCGCGGUUGCCUCAGCGGCCGCCACCGGAAACAACGCCCGGGGCUCUGGGACGAAGGACGGCGCGCGAAGGGGCUCGACGCAUGCGCAUCUGGCGAAGGCGCUGGGACUUCCUGGUGUCGCUGGCCACCCGUUCGCGGCUUCUGCGGGCGCGUCCCUCUUCCCCGGGGCGAUGCGGGGCGACAAGGAGACGCGCGAGAGCCACGCGUCGAACUCUGUUGUCUUGAUGCAGUAUCUCCUGCCGGCGGACUUGCAAGUCACAGCCUUCUACACGCUGUCGUCGCUGCUCUACCGCCUCUUCACCCUUCCAAAAGACCUCCCGCCAAACCCCCUGCUUCUCCCCCUGUCCUCUUCGCCCCCGCCGCACGAGAACGCGGAGGGGAACUCCAACUCGGCCAGUGCGAGUCGCGGCCCCGGAAACGGCGGGUCAGGCGCGUGCUCCGGUCGGGGAGGCCGCAGAGACGACGACGAAGAAUCCGAUGGAAGUGCUUCGUCGUCGAGCGGCGCGUCCUCGGGAGGACGCGUAGCCGGGUCGAGAGCGGCACCGCCUGACGGUGCGCGAGAAGGCCGAGCCGGCGGGGCGUCUAGCGGAUUCCGGGAAAGGGCUGCGUCGAUGCUGGACAGCGGUGAUGGUGAGAGUGGAGCGCACGACCCGCGAGAAGGCCCUGAAGGGGACGCAGUGUCCCUGGCAGAUGCGGGACUGCCUCCAACUACAUGUUUGUCAGUGAGCAGCAGUCAAGCCUCUUCUUCGCGACACCAGGGAGGAGGGGGACGGUCGGCGUCGUCGAGAAGCACGCCGAGUGACAGUCGCUCUUCUGCUUCGCGGUCUCCAGGCUCCGGCUCGUCGGGAGAAGGAGACGGAGACCCCCCGAAGCGCCCGGCUGCGGCGAAUCUCUUCUCGGGCGGCAACUGUAAAAACGACGCUUCUGGUCAGGGGGGAUCGGCGCGGCCUGUGCCGGCGCCGGCCCCGACGCCGUCGCUGAAGAGCCAGUACGGGCUGUCUUUGGACGAUAUGCAGCGUCUCCGAGACUCGCUUUCGCUCUUUCUCUUUCAACUGCCGUUGCACAGCGAAGACGCCUUUGUCUCAGUCACGAUUGCAGUGCGCUGCCUCGCGUUUUUGACGUCCCCGGAGCUCAUGGGUCUGCCGGUGGCCCGCGACGCGCCCCAGAAGGACCGCGUGCGAGGCAAGGCGGCGGCGGAGAGGCGCGGGGGGAGGCCAAGCGCGGAACCCGUCAGCGCCGAGGAAGAAGAUGAGGAAGAUGAAGACGACGAGGAAGACGAUGAUGAAGAGGACGACAGUGAACAGGAUGAGGACGAAGAUGACUGGGACAUUGAGGAAGAGCCCGAGGAGGAAGACGAAGACGGCGACGUGGCGCUUCAGUGCGAAUUGUUCGAUUUGGAGGACGACGACGACGAUGAGGACGAUGAAGACGAUGAGAUGGCUGGGGAAGACGAUGACGAGGCGGUAGGUCUCACGGAGGACGAAGAAGAGGAAGAAGUCGACGCAGACUCCGCGGAGAGUGAAGACGACGAAGCGCCGGCAGCGGCGGGCGCGGGCCUGACGAGCACGCGGGAGUUGCCGCAUGAGGUUGAGGAAGAAGAAGAGCUUCUUCGCGAAACAGGCGAAGUGGAGGAAGAAGAAGAUGAAGAAGAGGAUGAGGAAGACGAGGAAGACGACGACGACGCGCCGAGAAUCCGGGAGCGCGGCGACCUGGAUUACGAGGAACUCCUCGAUGAGGAAGACGAAGACGACGAGUUGCAACCCCACGAAGAAGAAGCCCUGAUGGAGGACGAUGUCUCCGACCUCGUCUCCUCGCUCACUGGGGCCCGAAGAAGGCGAGACGCAGGCGACGGCGACUCCUCGCCAGACGCAAGCAGCGACGACGAAGGCCCCCCGGAUCUUGGAGAAGACGAGCACGAGGGCGACGACACGGACAGCGCGUCUGACGAGGCGCCCGACUUGGCGGAAGAUGAAAUUUCGGCGGCAGGACCACAUUUGGACGGUGCGGCAAGCGGGUCUGGAGCUUCUUCGACGGCGGAGACGAGCGCGUCUUCCGCGUUGGCCGUCGCGGGCACCUCGGAGGCGUCGGCAAGCGGCCAGGGAGGCGAGGCGUCUCGGGGGACUCGGCUUCGCUUCCUCGGGUCGUCCGCGGCCGGGGAGGAGGAGACAGGCCUCCCCGGCGCCUUCGCUGUCUCGGGCGCGCCUUCGGAGACACCGGGUCCGCUUCCGGGCAGCGCGCGUCCGCCCGCGUCGAGCUUGCCGGGCUUUUCCCCGGAUGAUUUGGACGACGAGGACGACGACCUCGACGAAGACGACGACGAGGAAGACGACGACGCAGAUGAGCUCCGCUUCCAUUUCCAUCUCUCCGCAGACGCUCACCGAGAACUCGUCUCGGCUGUUCGCGGGGUCGUGUCUGGCCGCCGCCACGGCACAGGCCGCGACGGCUUCGACGACGAGUUCUCCGUUGACGUGCACUUGGGCUCUUCUCAGCGCUCGAGCAGCGGGCCCUUGGCGGGGCGAGUCUCCGCGGGGGGCGCCGGAGACAGAGGGCGCGACGCUGGGGCCCGCGGCUUGGGCGGCGCGGCCUCGAACUUCUUCCGGACGCAUGCGGCAGGCGGAGACGGUGGCCUGGGCGGCAGCGCCGGCGCGGCGCAUUUCUUCAUUGGCCGAGGCGGCGGCUUCGGCGCGCAAGCAGCCGGCGGGAGUGCGCGCUCGCCGUUCUUGGCCACGCCGCAGGCCUCGGCGUUUGCGUCCUAUUUGGGCAACCCCGCCGGAGGCUCUGCCGCGGUCUCGCUUCUCGGCACCCCGGGCUUGGGCUCGAUCCUCGACGCGGCGCUGGCAGGCACUGCGCAGACUGGUGCGCACCCGACGCUGGCGACGCUCACGGGUCAGGCUGGGACCCAGCAGUGGACAAGUUGGGACGUCUCUGCGAUACCUGCCGAGCAUCCGCUGUUUUCUUCAGUGUACCGGAGCGCGAACCACACUUCGACUUCGGCCUCGCCAGCCCCGGGCGCGUCUGCUGCUGGGGGGGGUGCGCUGGGCGGCGCAGGGACAGAUCGGGGCGCCGCGGCGUUUUCCGGCGCGCGCGGGAGUGGGGCUGGAAGGCCAGCGAGUGGGCGCGAAGGCCGGAUCAACGAACGGUUCCUCAUUCAGCACUUGCUCGAGGAUCUGUCUCAAGCCCUCGGCACGGAGAGUGCCAGGACGCCGCCCAGUGGAGGCUCGACCACGCGCCGCCUCACGUCCUCGUCCUCUCAAAAUCUGGAGUCACCGCGCCAAGGCGCAGCCGGCUCAGGCCGGAGCGCGGGAGAAGGGGAAGAAGGCCGACCUGGCCAGGACCUCGAGGGGAGACCGCGAAGAGAUGGUGGACGCGAAGACGGCGUCGGCUUCGAGUCGCUUUACCACGUGAACUUCUUCGAAGAAGUCGAGCACGCGCACCAACAGCGCCUGGCCACCGCUGCUGUUCUCUCGCGGCUCGCCGCCACGGGAGGCAGCGGCGCCUUCCUCAGUCUGGAGGCGGUGCCGUUCCCCGUCGCCGCGACCCCGCCCACGCAGCCCGAGGACCACGAGUGGGGCGAGGAGACAGGCGAGAGAGAAGAAGAGAUGGAUGCCGCGCCGGCUGCCGAGCACGGGGAAGGCGCGAGCCCUGCGGAAGAGGGACAGGGGACAGACUCAACUUUGGGGGCCGGCGAGGGCGAGACCCCAGCGGAAACGGCGCUGACGGGAGCGUCGGCGGUUGCAUCGGCAGCUGCAUCUGCGACGGCAUCGGCAGCUGCAUCGGCGACGGCAUCGGCAGCUGCAUCGGCGGUCGCAUCGGCGGCGGCGUCGGCAGCUGCAUCGGCGGUCGCAUCGGCUUCCACUCAGUCUCAGAGACCGGCCGAAGAGCGCGCGCUGGCCCGAGCGGCCAUGGACGUGGACGUGGCUCCUUUCGCUCCGGAAGAAGCUGCUUCCGCUUCCCGAGGCAGAGAAGAAAUGGAGGUCGACAUGCCGGAGGCCUCGCGCGCUCCGGUUCAGGCCCCGCAGAACGAGGCAGAGAGGUCGGAGAGGACCGAGCGGAGGGAAGUGGACGAGACGGGCGAAGAAUCGGACGAAAGGAUCCUCCAGCGUGCGAUUCAGGCUUCCAUGGCCACAGACGAAGCGCCAACCGCAGACGCCGCUGCAGGCGGAAAUGAACACCCCGCCACUACCUCUGCUUCGUCCUCUUCCUCGUCUACCUCCUCCCCUUCUCCUUCUUCCUCUUCUUCCUCUUCUUCCUCUUCUUCCUCUUCUUCCUCUUCUCCUUCGUCGUCGCCGGAGGAAGGGGGUGGUCCCCUUGCUCCGUUGGCCCGAGCUUUAGGACUGACGGAGGCGCAGCUGUUUGACGCGGCCGGGAUGGAUCCAUCCUUCCUGGAGGCGCUUCCGGAGGACCUGAGGGAGGAGAUCGUCGUGCAGCAACUGCGGCAAUUGACGUUGCAAGCUGUCGAGCAGCGGCGGUCGGAAAACGAGAAUCUUUCGGAUUCUGCCUCGUCUCCGGCGUCUGCGCCCCCCGCGACCGCAGAACGCGGAGAGGCAGAAGGCGCCCAGCCGCCCGCCAGUGGAGGCUCUGGCCCCACACAGCCGGUCUCGGGUUCUCGUCGCCCCGGCAUUGCACCACCGCUGAGUGAGAUUCGCCGGGAAUAUCUCAGUGCGUUGCCGUCGGCACUGCGUCAGCAAGUGAUCGCGGCGUGUCGGCGCGCGACCGAGCAGGACGGGGCUGCGCCCGGCGAAGGCAGUCAGCGGGUGGCCUCUCAGGAGCAAAGCGACGCAGGGACGGACCUCGACAACGCGACGUUCCUGGCGACGCUGGACCCGGCGCUGCGGCAGGAAGUUCUCCUCACGGCGGGCAGCGACUUCCUCCGCACCUUGCCCACAGAGGUCAUGGCCGAGGCGUCCCUGCUGCGCGAGCGCGUUCUCCACCGCUCCCAGCACGCCCGGAGCGCCGGCGGGCGCGACCGCGGCGCAGCGUCGCAGGGGCGAGACGGCGAGAGAGCCCGCAGCGGGAACGCGUCGGCGCACGGCCGCGGAGACCGCGAACGCGAACGGGCGGGUCUCCAGCACUUCCUCGGAUUUAUUCGCGGGAACAACGCAGGCGGCGCGGGGAGCGCGAACGGCGCCGGGCGGCUGUUCUACGGCGUGGACGUGAGAGGCGCGAACGCCGCGGGGGCCUCCAGCGGCGCAGGCCAGCCCGCCUCGCGGGGACGGGGCGCGAACGGAGCGGCGAGUUCGUCGCAGAGUCGAGGCGGACCGGCUGCUGGGAACGGGGCGGCCGGACAGGCACCGAUCUUUGCCUUCAACCGCGCGAACGGUUUCGACGGCGGGGCUGAGAACUUGCUCGGCGAACGCGGGACUGGCGACUUGUACUUGGCGGGCUUAUUCGACUUCCUCGACUCCCAGAUCUUGCAGGGCGGCCAGUUCAACUCUCUGGACGAGAACGGCAGAGCCGCGCUGGGUCGCCUGCAGAGCCGAGGCGGCGCGGCGCCCUUGUUCGGCGUCCACAGCUUCGUCUCGCCGUCCGGUGAGGACGCGGGGGGUGUGGGCGCAGCUGGCGGUCGGGGGCGGUCCAGUGAGCGCGAGGGCGCGGCCUUCUUGGGCACGCGAGGCGUCCGCGGCGGCGCGGGCCUCGGCGAAGGCCGGAAUCUUGCUUUGUCUGCCUCUGGAAAUCUGCAGGCGGAGAAUCCGCCGUCGUCGCUCUCGGGGACACCCGCGAGCCCGGCCGGGGCGGGCGCCGACGCGCUCGCGCUCCCUCGAGGCGCCCAAGCUGCUGCCCGAGCGUUCCAGGGCGACCGCCAACUGUACACGUCCAACUCGACUCUCGAGCGGUUCCUGCAAGGCACGUGGGCGGCGAUCGCCGCUGCGGCGUCCAACUCGCCCUCCUUCGGAGGCGUGACCAUUUCGGGGAUUCCUUCGUCUCGCAGCGCCUUGAUUGUGAAUCCGAGCUCUUCGACGUACCCUUCCUUCCUCAUCGGAGCCGGCGUCGCGCCGGGGAACCAGGCCGUCUCUGCGCAGGCGAGCGGAGCCGCGAACCCGCUGUCGGGCGUCCCUUUGGGCCUCUUUGGCGUGCCGCACUCAGCCGGCGCGGGCCAGGUGAAUGUGCUCCUGCCGCGCGCCCUUCUGGGACAGAGCAGCGGGAACCUUCUCUCGCUCUUGUCCUCUUCGAUUCUCGGCGCAGGGGGGCGCCCGGCGAUGGUGGCGAGUGGACGCGACUUGCUCGGCGACGGUUUGAGCUUCGCGGCGACCUCGGGCGGAGGCCUGUCCGGGACGGUCGUGACGCGGCCCGACGGCGUCGUCGACGGCCUCUCGGCGCUGAACGAGUGGCUGCUCUUGUCUCCCCCUCUGAACGCCUCGGGGCAUCCGUCCUUCGCCUCUGGGCUCCAGAGCGACAGAGGCGUGCGUGCAGCGGCGGGAAGCCGCCGCGGGAGCGACGGCGGCUACGAGGUGGUGUCCCGCGGCGCCGCUGGCUUCUUGUAUGGCGGCCCGUCGCGAGGUCCGCGGCCGCCUUUCCACCCCUUGGGAGUCCUGGGAAUCUGCAGACUCUUCUACUUGCGGAAAGAAAUGAACAGGAAACUCUUCUUCACCCUCCUCUGCAAUGUCGCUUCCGCGCACCAGGACGCGUGGCACGUCCUCGUGCUCCUCUUCCUGGUGAUCUGCUGGUCGGCAGCCCCGGACUGCCACGUGCACGAGUCGCCGGCGGGGCUCUCGGGGGCGUCGCCCUCGCCUCCGCUCUCCUCAGUGGGUUUCCCGCCCUCUGCGCUGUACGGGGCUCUGUUCGACGGGGCCUCGAAUGCCGCCGCACUCUUCGAGCGGCCGUCCGCCGCCGCCGUGGCGACCGAGCGCGUUCUCGAGCAGCUGCGAAGUCUCCUGACGGUGUUGCCUUCUGCGUCGGCGGCCUUUGCGCAUCGCAUGCGCCAUCCACAGGCAGUGACGCUGCGCGACAUCGCGUACCCGUCUUCGCUCUCUUCCGUGUCUUCGCUCUUCGCGAAGAAGGAGGAGAAGCCGGCCGGCCCGCGCGUGGCCGCAGGCGCUCCAGACGACGGCGGGCCUUCUGGGAACGGGAAGGACGACCCGAGGAAGGGCGAGGACAAAAAGCGCGAAAGCCACUUGGGCAAGGGCGGUGGAGGGCGGAGCGGGCGCGGGCGCGGCCCAGGCGACGACCGCAGGCCGCAGGACGGCGAGGAGAAGAGUGGGAAGAAGGAAAAGGGAGGCACCAGGGACAGAGGGGCGGCAAGCGAGCGCGGAGAGGGACAGGAAGAACGACUUGGCGACGCGUCGCGGGCGAGUGAUGCAACUGGAGGCGAAGAGAGUCAAGGCCCCAAAGCUCGAGGCGGCGCGAAGAAAGAAGGCGCGGUCGGUGCGCAGAACGGAGACCUUGCCGGCUCGGAGAAAGGACGCGACUCCCCAUUCGCUUCAGCCGCGUGGCUGCGGAGAACGGGACGAGGAACGGACGACGAAGCGCGAGCGAGAGGAAGAGAAGACGGAGGCGCGGUGUUCGGAACCAGCCGCUUUGGCAGCGCAUGCGAGGAAGACGACGCACUGGGAUCGAGAAGAUCAGGAAGCGGAGACGGCGAAGACCUCGUCAACGAACUGCGGAGGAAGAAAAAGCGAAGAGACUGGAACGGGGCUCUGAGCUUUGGAGUCGGCAGCGCAACCAGUGCUUCUGCUCUCUCAUCAGUCGACGGGACGCGAGCGGGCCUAGGCGAGAAGAGCGGAGAGAAGAAGGAGACAGGAGUGCCGGGGACGGUGGUCUCGGCUUCUGGACCCCAAGGGGUUCCUGGGGCACAAGGGGUCAAGAAGGAAACCGAAAACAGUGCAUUCGCAGCGGAAGCCUCUCUCGAUUCUUCUUCUCGCAUGGCCGCCUCCGGCGCAGGAGCGACUGAGCGUGCGUCGCAGACGAGAGAGAAGGCCGAGAGAGGCCAGGACGAAGAAAAGGAAGAGAAGAAGGAAGAGAAGGCUGCAACCUCAGCGGGACGAGGGUCGCGACACGAGAAGUCUGGAGCGACAGGCAGCUCAGGGUCUCAAUCGUGUUCAGCUGGAAAGGCCGACGACGAGAAAAAGACGCCUGGAGACGGCGUCGAGGACGCCGCCCUCGAGUACCCUAUCAACGUCCUUAUGACGCUGACGAGUGGUACGCUGUUCCAGUCUUCCCCGCGCCUCAUGAACCAUUUGCUCUCGGCCGUCUACUUCCUUCUCGUGGGUGGCGGAAACGCGACAGGUCCCCGGGAAAGCGAAAGCCCAGGCAGUUCGCAGCGCCGCUCGGGCGCCUCGGCGUCAGGCCCUGAACGCGAGGGCUCACCGGGGGUGCACGGUUCGGGGACCGAGUCCGGCGCGAGUUCCGCGGAGGGCGCGAGUCCCCACUUGGAGACAGCCCCGGCUGGCGCCUCCACUGUCUCCGGAGACAGCGGCGCGGCGUCGACGACUCCGGCGGCCGGCAAGGCCCGGAGAGAGGAAACAGGGAGCGGCGGGGCGCUCGGCGCGGGCUCGUCGCGGGAGGAAAAGAAGGAGAACGCGAUGUUGCGGGUGGUCUCUCCGACAGCUGGCCGCGCGUUGUGUCAGCUGUUGUGCUCGCCGAGCGUCGCGGCGUCCUGGUCGCAAGGCGUCUACACGCCGCAGCAGCGCGAGGCGCACCAGCAGCAGCUGAACUUGGUCGCCAAGGUCGUCGGGUGUCUGUACAGCUCGACGCAGCACCGCGCCUGGGUCGAGGAGGCGCUGAAGCGGAACGCGACGAUGCUCAGUCAGGGCAUCAGCGACGAGUUGGACCUGCUUGCAGAGACUCUGCGAACGUCGGCCCGGUUCUCUUCGUCCCGCGUGGACGCGCCCGCAGCGCCCGCACUCAGCCCCCACGACGACUUGUGGAGGCGCCGGGACCUUUUGGAUCCGCAACUCGCGGCCUUCAACCGGCUGUGCUCGACGCUGAGCGACGUGCUCAGCCAGAUCGAAGAACAAGCGGGGAGCGGCAAGGAGAGAGAGCGCGAAGAAAGAAGCACCCCGCGGUCGCAGGGCGACGCCUCCGCCUCGGCGUCUCGGGGGACCCGUGGGGGCGCCGGCAGAGAAGCACAGAACGGCGCAGCACAGGACGAAGAGGCCGAGAUGAGAGAGACGCGGGAGACUGCGCCUUCGACUUCGUCGCCGCACCCCGCACCGCGAGACGCAGCGCCUGCGGACUCAGCGUCUCCGGGCGGUGAAGGAAGGGGGACACCCGACGGACGCGAUACCGCGCUGCAGUCUCUGGAAGCAGCGGCUCUCAAGGCGAUCGAAUCUUUGAACACUGUGGCCAUGGCGACGGCGUCUUCUCGACAGGGCGGCCGAGCCGGUCGCGACGGGAGGCGGGGCGAGCUGGAGAGUCGCGAAGGCGCCCUGGUCGCGUUCCGGAACUUCUUCGACGAGUCGGGAGUCGCGUUGAUCUGGGACGAACUGGACGAGGUCCUUACUGCCGUGGAAGAGUGCUACCCGUCGCUCACCACGCAGGUGGCCUCGACGGGCGUUUUCCCUGCGGGGGAGGGACGAAGACGGUCGAUCGCAGGGUCAGGGCGCGGGCCGCGGAACGAGGACGAAGGCGAGAGUCGACGAGAGGAGAGUGGCGAGGACAGAGCCCGUGAGGGCAGAAGACGGGCGCCGCGCGAAGAUGUAGCGGAGGAGGAAGAAGACGGUCGCCGCCGCGAAGAAGACACCUCGCUCGCGGGAGGCCGCGAGGCCUGGCAGUCGGGGAGCGGGGCGUCGAGCUCGGCGCCGACAGAUGACGCAGCGCCUCUCAUUCUCUCCCAGUUGCUUCCGAUUCUCGAGGCCUAUCUUCAGGUGCACCAGACAUGCAUCGCAGCCGACUACGAGGUGAAGGACGUCGCGGAGUUGGGGCAGCUGGACCUGUUUUCUCUCGCUUCGGAGGCCGCCAAUGCGCCGUGCCUCAGCGGCAAACCCGCCGACAGUGCUGUGCGUGGCUUCGACGAGGAGAAACGGAGAACAACCACGCAAGAAGACGCGCUCUCGCCGCGCGUGGACACCCGCAACGCUUCCGACUCGCAGUUCUCUCCUCUGUCUCCGACUUCGUCGCCGCCUGCAUCGGCAGCGGUGGCAAGCCCGAGCCAGCGGCACGCAGAGCUGUGCCGAUUCGGCGAGAAGCACAAGGCGUCGAUCAACGCCCUGAUCAAGCAAACCCCGUCGCUGUUGACGAGUUCCCUGCAGCCGCUCUUGAAGCUCGCCCCGAUGACCGUGGCCUUCGAAAACAAACGGCUCUACUUCCGCCACAAAAUCCGCGAAAUGCGCCAGAGUGCCCGCUUCGAGACCAUCCGCCUGUCGGUCCGCCGCGACCAAGUCUUCACCGACUCCUACCACCAAAUUCGCAUGCGAUCGGGCGAAGAAAUGAAAGGGAAACUGAACGUGCACUUCACCGGCGAAGAAGGCGUCGACGCAGGCGGCCUGACCAGGGAGUGGUUCUCGCUGCUGGCUCGGGACAUGUUCAAUCCGAACUACGCCCUCUUCCGCAGAGAGGGAGCGAAGAGCGAGUUCAAUCACCCCAAUCCGCUCUCCUCCAUCAACCCCGAGCACUUGCACUACUUCAAAUUCAUCGGCCGAAUCAUCGGAAAGGCUCUUUUCGACGGGCAGCACUUGAACGCGUACUUUUGUCGGUCGUUCUACAAGCACAUGCUCGGGAGGCGCUGCGUGACAGCCGAUGCAGAGAGCAUCGAUCCGACGCUGUACAACAACCUGCUGAAAAUGCUCCAGUAUUCCCUCGAGGACCUCGGGCUCGAACUCACCUUCAGCACCGAAGUCGACGAGUUCGGCAUGCACCGAGUCGAGGACCUCAUUCCGAAGGGCCGAACGAUCCCGGUGACGGACGCCAACAAGCACCUGUACGUACAGCUCAUAUGCCAGCGGAAGAUUGUCGGCGGCAUUCAACAGCAACUGGAAGCCUUCCUUUCGGGCUUUCACGAGUUGAUUCCGCCGGCGCUUAUCUCGAUUUUCGACGACAAGGAACUCGAACUUCUUCUCUCCGGUCUCCCCACCGUCAACCUCGAGGACUUGAAAGCCAACACCGAUUACGUGAACUUCCUCCCGACCGAUCAAACAAUCAUCUGGUUCUGGGAGGUCAUGAACGAGUUGGAUGAACAGCAGCGUGCGGCUUUCCUCCAGUUCGUCACAGGGACGUCGCGGGUACCGCUCGGGGGCUUCAAGUUCCUCGUUGGCAUGCGCGGGCCGCAAAAAUUCUCCAUCCAGAGAGCGUACGGCGAAAACAAGCUGCCGACUGCGCACACGUGCUUCAAUCAACUGGAUCUACCGGGAUACAGCAGCAAGCAGCUGCUGAAGAAGAAGCUUCUGCUGGCGAUUACGGAGGGCAAGGAAGGAUUUGGGUUUGUCUAA